CUUUUGCAGGUAAAAGAGUUUGAAAAUGUCAACACCAAUGCAUUUUAUAUUUUUGAUGCUAUUUUUUGGUUUAAUCGCUAUGUUUGACACGUCCCAAGUUUCUCAGUCAUGGCUGAAAAAUAUGAAAAAACAUCGAAACACCAACAGAGGUUUGGGGACAAGGAUUUUAUGGCCAAAACGAAGCGUAGAUCAAAGAGAUUACAUGGGACGUGGACAUGACGAUGGAGUUCCCGUGAGAUUUACGCCAUGUAGUCGUAAGACCCCAGGGUCAGAUGGAUGGUAUUAUUAUUUCUUAAACGUAGACAAAGGCAUGCAAAGAGCAAAGAACUUGGAAGGUUACGAAGACUAGUAUUAAAUUAAAGAGUUAAUAAUUGUUAA